CCUCGGCGUUGGAGCGGCGGCGGCGGCGGCGCGCCGAGCCGAGCCCGCCAUGGCGCACUCGGCGCCGCUCGGCCUGCUGGAGCAGGGCUGCCCCAUCCAGGUGGAGCACGACCGCAAGCGGCGGCAGUUCACCGUGCGGCUCAACGGUUGCCACGACAGAGCAGUGCUACUCUACGAAUACGUGGGGAAGCGGAUCGUGGACUUACAGCACACGGAGGUACCAGACGCCUAUCGAGGAAGAGGAAUAGCCAAGCACCUCGCCAAGGCAGCCCUGGACUUUGUGGUAGAGGAGGACCUGAAAGCUCAUCUGACAUGCUGGUAUAUUCAGAAAUACGUCAAGGAGAACCCCCUGCCGCAGUACCUGGAACACUUACAGCCUUAAGGCAGGACUGCUCUGACACCAGCACGCCUGUCCCUGACUGUUCAACGCGGCCUUUGCUUCUCUGCGGUCUCAGGAAAUCCCCCUCCCGCCUCCCACACUCACAAUUUCCAUUUUUUUAAGUGUGUCCAUGUGGUGCACGAGUGGGGGCACGACCUCCUUCCCUCUGCCCAUGUGUGAGCAUGGCUAUGGCCCCUGGGCUGGGCUGGCUCCAGGCACAUGUUCUCCCUGGCACUCUUCUCAAGCCAGGGAGUGGAAGAGGAUGUUUUUUCCACCAAACUCCAUCGCAAGACUAGGGGAUGGCUCAGUCUGCAUCGCACCCUUUCCCCUCUGCCUGGCAAUGGCCGUGAACUUGCGAGGGGAUGUUGGUUAGGGAGUGUCUGCGGGAUACCAGUUCCCCUUCCCUCCCAGCUGCUGGGGAAAUACUGUGGAUUAAGCCUCAUGGGGCAGAGGGAGGUGGUAGAGGAGUCCAGGCCACUUGGCAGGUUCAUCCUCCAGUGCAGGAGCAUCUGCUGAGCACCAAGCCUUGCCCAAAGCCUCAUGGGAUGCAGAUGAGAACUUGUGGGCCAUGGUGGCACUGGGACAGUGAGACCUUCAAGCCUAGAGAGGGAGGAGUCAAGCAAGAAGCGGCCUUCAGCAGUAGCCUUCGUCCUCAAGGGCUGCAGCAGAGCGGGCGCAGCAUGACUGCGCAGAGGAAGAAAUGCGGCUGAGCGGCAGGUGCUGCCUCCUGUCACAGCCUUCUGUACAUAGCCCCACCGUGAGAUCCCUGUAGGGUCCAAGUUGCCAUUCCCAUCUCUGGUCCCUGGUGUCAGUAUUGUCCAUGCUAGUGUGGACCCAGCCUGCUCAGGAGGAGAACACCAGCCCUCUCCAGCCAGGCCUGGCGUCCCAGCACAGCAAAGUGAUGAGGAAAUGUCACAGGCUUUCACAGGUGGCUGAGUGGUUUCCUUUGGCUGCCUGUGACUGAAGAGAAGGGUCCUCCUAUCUCCCCUAGCUCAAGGUCUGGGUCUCUGCCCCAGAACCUAGGGGUUCAAGCCCUCGCCACAUCCCAGGAUUAACAGGGGAGCAAGGCUUCCAGGGUCUGGUCCUGUCCCACCUCCAAGGUUUGAUGCUAGAGCCACCUGCCUCUGCAUGGAUGUUGGCUGUUACAGUUGUUUGCUUCCCCUCCUUGCAGCCUUUGGAAACAAACUCUGACUCGGGGCAUCACCCAUCUGCUCGCUGCCUCUCCUUGCCGCUCCGAGCCCUGCCGUGUCCCCAGGCGAUGGUGGUACAACAGGGUCCUUGACUAGUGGCAAGGAGGAAUGCUGGGCUCUCACCCUGAAUGCAGCCAAGCGCUUGCGUAUCGCGCUUGCCUCUGUCGGGGAUGACCCUGUAGCAUGGCUCAGCAUUGUCAGAUGCAGAGAGAAUGCCGUCACGGUAGCGUUGAGAGCAGGGUGCAGAUCAGCUCUGGAUUGUUGCCUGUCUUUCCUUGCCCAGGUUUUUCAGGGCCUAAGCUGGACCCUGGAGAAUGAGGGAUCCCCCCCAAGCACUUGGGAUUUAGUGCUAUGGUGGGGGGCUGGGCUGUGGAUGGCAGUGUUCCUGGCACGCUGUCGCGGAACAGCUGCUAGCUCAGCCGAGGGGUUGUAGCCAGGCAGAAGGAGAUAAAGAGCCUUUCACCUGGAGGCCAAAUCUGAAGCUAGCUUAUCUCAGUAGAGACUGAAGUUUACGAUCUAUGUUGUGGACUUAACGAAGCCCUGGCCAAAAGAGAGCGCAGCCCUCUCCCAGAGCCCAGUGCAAAGUCCACAGAGGUAAAGGCAAGAGCUCCUACAGCCUUUGCUGUCAGCUGGAUCAGCAAGAGAUGGAGACCCAUGUGCGGUCUCAGCAAGGGAGGUCCCAGUGUGUUCUUCCUGGCCGUCUAGUCAAGGCGAAGCCCCUGCUGCCUGCCCUGCUGCUCAGGGGAUGCUAGCCCCAGGCUUGCUUGCAGGCUGUCUGCCACCAGUGUGAUGCAGCCCACUGCACGUGGGCUUCAGUAAAACCUUCCCAAAUGCCAUCCCUGCCCUGGUGUGGGCUGUGAAACCCCCUGCCCAUCUCAGGAGGGACCUGUGCCCUGUUCCUGAGGCUGGGCUGGGUGGCAGCCCUGUCCCUGGCUUGUGCUGCUCAGGAGAAGCAUCAGGCUUCAGCCUUGCCUCUGCCUCAUGCUUCUGCCCUCUUGCUGCCUAUUUCAGCCUGGCUGCUGCCUUCAAGAUGUCUUAGAGGGACUGGGAAAGUGUCAUGGGUAGAGAACUAAAGAAAGGGGGCUCAAGAAGAAAUCUAGCCUGCAAAAUGCUAGCUCCUCAACUGGCGAAAUACACUUCAACAUCUAGUUACAGGAGCAAGGUUGGCUGAGUAGUGACAGAACCGUCCCUGCUCUUGGUCCCAAAGUGAAGCUGAAUCACCUCUUCAAAGGCACCAGUGUAUCUGUGAUGCAGCAGGGCCGGGAGCUUGGAAGAGAUCUCUCAGGAGCAAUAGCUUGUGCCUGGAGCUGAAAGUCUUGGGCUGGUUUUGUGCUAGUUUCCACAGUGUGACGGUUUCCAGGAGUACCACUCUGUGUCCACUGCGUGAAGAUGGUUCACUAGAGAUGUGCUGUGGUCACUGCAUCAGCGGGGUCCGUAUGUCCAAGCCUAGCCAUGGAGCUCUUUAUGCUGUUUUGGCAGGAACCUCGUGCUUCCUGGCCCUGGAUCACAAGUGGCAAUCACUGCCUUAAAUCAGGCACAGCACGUGGUUUUGCUGCUGCUUCCCUUUGAGGUGCUACAAUCCCUUCAGUUUCUGACCUGACGGAGAUGUUUGCCAGUGUCUGUGCCAACCGUUCUACUGCUGUAUCCACCCUCCACCCUGGCCUUUCCUUCCCCUUGCUCUCUGAUGUCGGCAAAUAGCAAUACCCACAGGUCAGCAGUGAUGCUGCAGUCCUCCAAGCUCCUGUGAUCUGGCACCGUCGAGUGGGAGAUGGCUGGGGGCUCGUGUGGCGUUGGGCAGUCCUCCCUCCUGCCUCUCUGCCAGCCGCCCUUCCCUUGCUCGCCUGUGCAGGAAGGAGCUUUCUGAGCCCUCCUCUGCCUUGGGCCGCUCCGUGGUGCUGACUAUGCCUGGAAGAGUUGGGGAUCCUGGACUCUCUCCAGCAAUGGGAGUGUGGAAGUGGUUUGGUUGAAUAUCGAUGCCCCCAAACCCAUUUGAACUACAGACUUUGGGAAGUGGGGAAAUACAAAUUGCUGUCAAACUUGCUUCCACAUCACCCAACUUGAACUCCCCCUUUCUCAUCUGCUUCCCAGAGUUGUCUUCCUCUGUCCAAGGUUUCCAUUCUUUUGAAUUCAGUGGUUACGAUGUGCCUUUCCUUCUCAGGACCUGUUACAAAUGACCUUUCUGCUUUUGUUUAUGUCUAACAUUUAUCUUUAUCCUUCCCUCUGUCAUACUAUAAAACAUGAACAUAUUGCAUGGAAUACAAUACAAUAAAAAGUGUGGCUUAAUUGA